CUACGCAGCGAUUGUCAUCAUGGGUGCAUUAAGAGCUUUGUUGUUAUCAGUGUCUGCUGGUGUCGGGGUCUACCUGAUGCUCAGUUUCCCUGGUUGGUUGGCUGGGGCACUGGGUCUACUGGGAUUCCUUGUACUAGGAGGAUGGCCCAUCACUAGCAUUGCUAUCAAAACCUUCCCCAGGGACCUCCGUGCUUUAGUGAAAUUGUACUUUACGAAAAGGACCAUUAGGGGUUGGAGUGGUAAGAGAGUCUCCGAUGUGUUUCAAUCAGUUGCUUCUUCUCAGCCUGAGAGUACAGCCAUCUUAUUUGAGGAACAGAAAUGGACUUACCGUGAUCUUGAUAACUAUUCUAAUCAAGUUGCUAAUCUCUUUCAAGAUGCUGGAGUCAAGCCCAAUGAAACAGUUGUUAUGGUAAUGCAGAACUCUCCUCAGUUUAUUGGUGUGUCACUGGGUCUUAGUAAGAUUGGGGCUACUGGUUCUUUCAUUAAUUUCAAUCUCCGUGGUAACGCUCUAGACCAUUAG